AUGGCUUUAGCCGGGCUCUGCGCCCUGCUCGCCUGCUGCUGGGGGCCGGCGGCGGUGCUGGCCACGGCCGCCGGCGACGUGGACCCAUCCAAGGAGCUGGAGUGCAAGCUCAAGAGCAUCACGGUGUCGGCGCUGCCCUUCCUGCGCGAGAACGACCUGAGCAUCAUGCACAGCCCCUCGGCCUCCGAGCCCAAGCUCCUCUUCUCGGUGCGCAACGACUUCCCGGGAGAAAUGGUCGUGGUGGACGACCUGGAAAACACGGAGCUGCCCUACUUCGUGCUGGAGAUCUCAGGAAACACAGAGGACAUCCCUCUGGUGCGCUGGAGGCAGCAGUGGCUGGAGAAUGGCACUCUGCUGUUUCACAUUCAUCACCAAGAUGGUGCUCCCAGCCUCCCUGGACAAGACCCAACUGAAGAACCCCAGCAUGAGUCAGCAGAAGAGGAAUUGAGGAUCCUGCACAUCUCAGUCAUGGGUGGCAUGAUCGCUCUCCUGCUGUCCAUCUUGUGCCUGGUGAUGAUCCUGUACACGCGUCGACGCUGGUGUAAACGUCGCCGGGUGCCCCAGCCCCAGAAGAGUGCCAGCGCUGAGGCAGCCAACGAGAUUCACUACAUUCCCUCCGUGCUGAUCGGCGGGCACGGGCGGGAGAGCCUGCGCAACGCCCGCGUGCAGGGCCAUAACUCCAGCGGCACCCUGAGCAUCCGGGAGACACCCAUCCUGGACGGUUAUGAGUACGACAUCACAGACUUGCGCCACCACCUGCAGAGGGAGUGCAUGAACGGAGGGGAGGACUUUGCCAGCCAGGUCACCCGCACCCUGGACUCCCUGCAGGGCUGCAACGAGAAGGCGGGGAUGGACCUCACACCAGGAAGUGACAAUGCCAAGCUGUCGCUGAUGAAUAAGUACAAAGAUAACAUCAUCGCCACCAGCCCCGUGGAUUCCAAUCACCAGCAGGCCACCCUGCUCUCGCACACCUCCAGCCAGAGAAAGCGAAUCAACAACAAGGCAAGAGCUGGUUCCGCCUUCCUGAACCCUGAAGGAGACUCUGGCACAGAGACAGAAAACGACCCCCAGCUGACUUUCUACACCGACCCCUCCAGGAGCCGGAGGCGCAGCAGAGUGGGCUCCCCCCGAAGUCCUGUGAAUAAGACCACCUUGACGCUGAUCAGCAUCACCAGCUGUGUAAUCGGUCUCGUGUGCUCGUCCCACGUCAGCUGCCCCCUCGUUGUCAAAAUCACCCUGCACGUCCCCGAGCACCUGAUCGCCGAUGGGAGCCGCUUCAUCUUGCUGGAGGGGAGCCAGCUGGAUGCCAGUGACUGGCUGAACCCAGCCCAAGUGGUGCUCUUCUCUCAGCAGAACUCCAGUGGGCCCUGGGCCAUGGACCUCUGUGCCCGGCGGCUCCUGGACCCCUGUGAACACCAGUGCGACCCCGAAACUGGGGAAUGCCUUUGCUACGAAGGUUACAUGAAGGAUCCAGUACACAAGCAUCUUUGCAUUCGGAAUGAAUGGGGCACAAACCAGGGGCCUUGGCCUUACACAAUAUUUCAGCGGGGCUUUGACCUGGUUUUGGGAGAACAGCCUUCUGAUAAAAUAUUCAGAUUCACCUACACCCUUGGGGAGGGCAUGUGGUUGCCCCUCAGCAAGAGUUUUGUGAUCCCACCGGCUGAACUGGCCAUCAACCCUUCGGCAAAGUGUAAGACGGACAUGACAGUGAUGGAGGACGCUGUGGAGGUCAGAGAGGAGCUGAUGACCUCAUCCUCCUUUGACAGCCUGGAGGUUCUCCUAGAUUCCUUUGGGCCAGUGCGCGACUGCAGCAAGGAUAACGGGGGCUGCAGCAAGAACUUCCGAUGCAUCUCAGACCGCAAGCUGGACUCCACUGGUUGUGUGUGCCCGUCCGGACUGAGCCCCAUGAAGGACAGCUCUGGCUGCUACGACCGCCACAUUGGGGUGGACUGCUCAGAUGGCUUCAAUGGCGGCUGUGAGCAGCUGUGUCUCCAGCAGAUGGCGCCCUUCCCGGAUGACCCCACCUUGUACAACAUCCUCAUGUUCUGUGGGUGCAUCGAGGAUUACAAGCUUGGUGUGGAUGGACGCUCUUGCCAGCUCAUCGCGGAGACCUGCCCAGAGGGCGGUGACUGUGGGGAAAGCAGGGAGCUUCCCAUGAACCAGACCCUCUUUGGGGAAAUGUUCUUUGGUUACAACAACCAUUCCAAGGAAGUCGCUGCUGGGCAAGUGCUGAAAGGAACAUUCAGGCAAAACAACUUUGCUCGGGGUUUAGACCAGCAACUGCCAGAUGGUCUUGUGGUGGCCACUGUUCCCCUGGAGAAUCAGUGCCUGGAGGAAAUCUCGGAGCCCACCCCUGACCCCGACUUCCUGACUGGGAUGGUGAACUUCAGUGAGGUGUCUGGAUACCCUGUGCUGCAGCACUGGAAGGUCCGGUCUGUGAUGUACCACAUCAAACUCAACCAAGUGGCCGUCUCUCAGGCCCUCAGCAAUGCGCUCCACUCCCUGGAUGGAGCUACGUCUCGUGGGGAUUUUGUGGCCCUUUUGGACCAGUUUGGCAACCACUACAUCCAGGAAGCUAUCUACGUUGAGGAGUCCUGUUCCAUCUGGUACCCAAACAAGCAGGUGCAGCGGCGACUCUGGCUGGAAUAUGAAGACAUCAGCAAAGGCAACUCUCCAUCCGAUGAGUCGGAGGAGCGGGAAAGAGACCCCAAGGUGCUGACGUUCCCAGAAUACAUCGCCAGCCUGUCAGAGUCUGGCACCAAGCGCAUGGCAGCUGGGGUCCGCAUGGAGUGCCAGAGCAAGGGACGAUGCCCCUCAUCCUGCCCCCUGUGUCAUGUGACAUCCAGCCCUGACACUCCUGCUGAGCCAGUUCUGCUGGAGGUGACCAGAGCAGCCCCCAUUUAUGAACUGGUGACCAACAACCAGACCCAGAGGCUCUUGCAGGAGGCCACCAUGAGCUCCCUGUGGUGCUCAGGGACUGGAGACGUCAUCGAGGACUGGUGUCGAUGUGACUCCACCGCUUUUGGAGCUGAUGGACUCCCCACCUGUGCGCCUCUCCCACAGCCUGUGCUGAGACUCUCCACGGUUCAUGAGCCCAGCAGCACCCUUGUGGUCCUAGAGUGGGAACACUCAGAGCCUCCGAUCGGGGUGCAGAUUGUAGAUUACCUCAUCCGUCAAGAAAAGGUCACUGACAGGAUGGACCACUCCAAAGUGGAGACAGAAACGGUGCUGAGCUUUGUGGACGACAUCAUCUCUGGAGCCAAGUCUCCUUGUGCCAUGCCCUCUCAGGUGCCAGACAAGCAGCUUACCACCAUCUCUCUGAUCAUUCGGUGCCUGGAACCGGACACCAUCUACAUGUUCACCCUGUGGGGCGUGGACAACACCGGACGGCGUUCCAGGCCCAGCGACGUGAUCGUAAAGACCCCUUGCCCCGUGGUGGAUGAUGUCAAAGCCCAAGAGAUAGCAGAUAAGAUCUACAAUCUCUUCAAUGGCUACACCAGUGGGAAGGAGCAACAGACGGCCUAUAACACCCUCCUGGAUCUGGGUUCUCCAACCCUACACCGAGUCCUCUACCACUACAACCAGCACUAUGAGAGUUUUGGAGAAUUCACCUGGCGGUGUGAGGAUGAACUGGGCCCCAGGAAAGCUGGCCUCAUCCUUUCCCAGCUAGGCGAUCUCAGCAGUUGGUGCAAUGGCCUCCUUCAGGAACCCAAGAUAAGCUUGCGACGUGGCUCCCUGAAGUACCUGGGCUGCCGCUACAGUGAGAUCAAGCCCUACGGACUUGACUGGUCAGAGCUCAGCCGGGACCUCAGGAAGACGUGCGAGGAGCAGACCCUGAGCGUCCCUUACAACGACUAUGGGGACAGCAAGGACAUCUAGCGCCAUGAAGCCAGAUGGUGUGGCUGCCGAAACGAAGCAGGAGAGAGGAGAGGAACAUCUGGGUUGGUUUGUGGAUUUUUAAUAUUUUUUAAUGGAACAUUAAAACCUCUAAACCAGGGAGAGGCAAUAGCUAAACCAGGGAGAAACUGAUCCUUGCUCCCGGUGGAACUUCUUUGGUAUGACAUUCUCCAUCUGCAUGGUCGGUACAGCUGCCAUCCGGCAGCUUCGUGCAGUAUUUCUCUGCAGGGGAUUACUUUGGGGCUUGUUUUACAGUUGAUUUGUUUCAUUUAAUUUUUUUUUUCCCGUGAGGUUCAUCAAAAUGCUCAAGAGUUCUGCCAUGUUUCCCAUGAAAGGUCUAUCAGGUCGAGGCACCCUGUGCUCACUGAGUCCCUGAGUCCGUUAGCUGGGGACAGAGAUGAGGUCAGAGAGUUGCUAGACUGGCCUCGGGCCCCGGCCUCAAGCGUUCCUCAGGAAGCAUCUCACUCUGGGAGCCUAAGCUCUGCUCACAAAGACCACAGGAAAUUGGGAGGGUGGCCUCUGUGCGGGUCUCAUGGUUUCCCCCAUGCCUUCCUAUUGCUUGUUUCACACCUCUCAGGUGAACUGAGCCUCCAACAUGGGUCCCAGCAGGCCUUCGGGAUUUUUUAGGUCCUCACCCAUUCUAAGACAGGAUUAGAAUGAAAUCUCCUUCUGGUGGAUCUCUGCCUCUCCUUCAGGCAAUACGAUCUUUAAGAGGUGACAAAAUGCUACCUGUCAAAUGCACCUUUGAAACAGUCUGCCUGGGAGACUAGUUAGCAGUCAUAUUCUAGAAAAGAAGUAGAGUUGAUUAUUCUAAAAAACUCCUGUGUCCCCAGGAUGAACUUCUCCAGACCACAUAUGUACGUCCCACGCCUGGAUUCUCUUUAGUGUCCGAGUCACUUAACCCUGGGCAGAGAAGGCCUGACCGACACCCACUCUGGUCCAGGAAGGGCUGAUACCUCCGUGUCAGUGUUUCGGUGAACUAAAGCUCUUACUGAUCACACACACACACACACACACACACACACGCAACCAAUGUCCAUUUCCCCCUUGCUAAAUUUGCCUAAUUAUGUCGCUAGUUUUGCAGAUCCUUUCUCUGGAUGGCCAUCCACAGGAGAAUACCACUGUUUUCACCUCCCAUCCAGCUGCCGGGAGUAGCCGAGGUUCUGUGUAGGCAAGUAGAGGCCGGGCCCUUGGCUCUGUCCCAUGACCCUAGUGUGAUAGCCACAGAUACAAGUGGUGGCCCAGUUAAAAGGAAAGCCAGCCUUUCCAUAAGAGCUUUGAGGGCCAUGUGGCCCACACACCUCAGAGGCCUCGACACACACUUCCAGUCACCCUGCCUUUGACCGGGGCUCCUCAUUUGGAAACACAAGAGAAAGGUCAGGAAAGAGAUGCAGGACGAUAUGGGACUCUCCUGGGUUUUUUCCAAAUAGUGAUGACAGAUCCCGUUCGUGCUUGCCGUGUGUCAGAGCUGCUCUGAGCACUUCAUACAUCCCUGAAUCCUCAGGACAGCCUCCCGCCCCCACCACCAAGGAGGUGCUGUUCUCGCCUCCGUUUCAGUGAUGAGGAACCCCAGGCAAAGAGAGGAACCCCAUUAGGCGGUUUGCCCCGGAUGCCUCCUUUACCGCUGCCUGGGCCCCGACAGGAACAGGCCAGUUUGCCUGUGGCAUGCAGCUGUCCCUUCUCUAAGCUCCACAGGGAUCCGCCCAGAGAGCGGAUCCUUUGCCACACCUGCCUGGGACAGAUGUGCCCACGGUGCACCCUGAACUCAGCCACCGGAGCACCCCUGGGGACCAAGGGGUCUGCGGAGCGAGCUUCCCCCGGGGUCUGGUGGCGGGGCCUGGGGUGAGGCUGCAGGUUCGGGAGGCCUCACAGCCCGCCCUGCGUCUUCCCGUAAAAAGACUGAAAGAUUUGUCUCGAAUUCUGGAAGGUACCUGCCUCAGAAAUUCCUCCACUUCCGGAGCCAAGGCCAGCAGAAAAGUCGGCCCUCCCGCUCAUGGGCAGUGCAGGGCCGCAGGUGGGAUGCCUAAAGGGACAUCGUUGACCUCCGCCAGUGCCACAGGCAGCUGGUCCCCAACCGGUGGGCGAGGCUGAGAGACAGGCCGUCUUAUCCCGUCUGUUCAAGUCCGCCCUGAACACGGGGUCUGUGCAGCAUGGUGGGGGCCGCCAGGGCUGCGCUGACUUCCUGGCCCCAUGAGCCAACGGGCUGAGGAGGGAGGACAGUGAGUGGCGUCAGGGUCACACUUCUUUGACCUCCCCCCUUCUGUUUAUUAAAAUAAGGAGGCUCAUUCUCUCCCAGUCUCCCCUCCUCCUCCCCCAGGUCCCUCCAGCUUUGCAUCCAAUUUCUCGUCUUCCUCUCGGGCCCCACCCUGCCUCCUUCAUCCCUUCCUUCUCCAUGACUCUCUUCCUCCUUCCGUGUCCCCUUGUGCCCUUCUCGCGGUACGUGUGCUCACACACACACCUCCACACACGCACACCACACGCCCUGCACACCCGUACAUCACACACACUUACCACACUCAUCACACAUACAUUUACACACACACACGAGACGUGCACACACACACGCGUUACACACACAACACGCUAUACACGUGCACUAUGUGCAAAAGUUAUACAUACCCGUACAUCAUACACGCAUAUACACAUACAGUAUACACACGCA